AUGGAUCUCUCUGACCCGAACCUCGACCUGGGCAAGCUGGCUUACGCCCAGCCGCCCAUAGUGCCGACGGGCGAUGCGAGAAUCUUGGUGGCUGUCUCGAUCCUGUUCGCCGUUUUAGGGUUUAUCGUUGUGGUCGCCCGAGUCAUCUUCCGGUGGUGGCUCCGCGCCUCGAGGACCGAGAGAACGGCGUGGGGAUGGGACGACGUGCUCGCUGCCAUUGCACUGGUCCCCUUCGAGAUCCAGUGCGUCUGGUCCUGCCUCGGCGCCUACUACGGCCUCGGCAUGCGCGACGACGACCUCGGCGGCAACAAGCUCGUCAUGAUGCGCGCGGCCGAGUACAUCGCCUACUUCCAGAUCUGCCACGCACUCUGCGUGCCCUUCAUCAAGGCCUCCAUCGCCGUCGCCCUCAUGCGCAUCACCGACGCCCGCAAGUACCGCUACCCGCUCUACUUUGUCAUCCUCGCCUCGACGGUCCUGUGCCUGGCCGGCUGGAUCUCGCUCGUAUCGCUGUGCAAGCCCACGGCCGCGCUGUGGAACCCGACGCUGGGCAAGUGCGGCAACUACGACCCCAUCGUCAAGAUCAGCUACGUCGUGUCGAUCGUGACCAUCAUCACGGACUGGACGUGCGCCAUCAUCCCCUUCUUCGUCCUGCGCAAGCUGCAGGUGUCGAUGCGCACAAAGUUCCUCCUGCUGGGCGUCCUGGGCAUGGGUAUCUUUGCCAGCGUCGCGGCUAUCGUCCGGUACCCGUGGCUCAAGUACUACUCCGCGCCCAAGGACCAGCUCUGGUACACUUCCCACAUUAUCCUCUGGUGCAUCGUCGAGUCGGGCCUGGGUCUCCUUGCCGGCUCCCUGCCGCCGCUGCACAAGCUACGCACCGUGCUCGCGCGGCGCAGGGCAACCCGCACGGCCCAGUCGGGCAACAUCUCCAACUCGCUCGAAGGCAGCCAGAACGGCGCCGUCGUCAUGGACCGCAUCAGCAAGGGCACCAAGCACAACCGCCACGGCACCAAGACGGGCCACUCUACCUUCGUGGCCGGUGGGGAGUGGGACCGGCUCAGCGACGACGCGGCGAGUGGGAAGCACAUCAUUCACAGCCGGUCGGUGCAGGUGCACGUGGAUACGGAUAGCAUGGAGAGCAGCAGGGAGAACAAGUCUGUUUCGAUGGUGUAA